UUCGUGUCGUGCGCUUUAAUCUUAUGUUACAUGUUUACACAAAAGUAACUAAAUGUUCGUCACUACAUUUUACAUUAAUUUUUUGAUUUUUUGAUACAUGUAAAUGCAACUAUAGUUAACUGAGGCACAUAGUUGUAUUAAUUUUUAUUUUAUUACCAUCCUAUUAACAGUUAAUUCGUAAAACAUAUAAUAUCCACGUUUUGUAUAGUUCCGUUAAGUUGUAAGCAUAAGGUAAACUUAGUUUAAUUUUAAAACUAAGAAAUGUCUAAAAGUCUUAAUAGACGUUUUUAUAGACUCAAUAGCAAUCAAGAGUUGCUGAACGAAGAGGAUACUGGUGUUGACUAUCAAAAUGAAAGCAGAUGGUGUUUUGAAGUGGCUUGGGAAGCAGCAAACAAAGUUGGUGGAAUCUACACAGUUAUAAGAUCUAAGGCCUACAGUUCGACAGAAGAAAUGGGUGAUCAUUACUGUUUGAUAGGUCCUUACUCAGAGGUGUGUGCAAAAACCGAAGUUGAAGAAGCAGAUUUUCAUGAAAAAAGUCCUUUAUUUGAUUCUGUCAGACUAUUACAAGAUCAAGGAUUUAAGUUAUUAGAGUAA